AUUUGCUCCAUUUUAAAGUGAAAUUAAAUAAUAUAAAAUAGCAACAUGCCGCGAAUAAUGAUCAAAGGCGGCGUCUGGCGCAACACUGAGGAUGAGAUUCUCAAGGCGGCGGUAAUGAAAUAUGGCAAAAAUCAAUGGAGUCGUAUUGCUUCAUUGCUGCAUCGCAAAUCCGCCAAACAGUGCAAGGCACGUUGGUAUGAAUGGCUGGACCCGAGCAUCAAGAAGACGGAAUGGUCCCGCGAGGAAGACGAGAAGCUGCUACACUUGGCCAAGCUGAUGCCGACACAAUGGCGCACAAUAGCGCCAAUUAUUGGACGCACGGCAGCUCAAUGCUUGGAGCGCUAUGAAUAUUUGCUUGACCAGGCGCAGCGCAAGGAAGAUGGCGAGGAUACCAUGGACGACCCGCGCAAGCUAAAGCCGGGUGAAAUUGAUCCCAAUCCAGAGACAAAGCCGGCGCGCCCGGAUCCCAAAGAUAUGGACGAAGACGAGCUGGAAAUGUUGUCCGAGGCACGUGCGCGUCUGGCCAAUACCCAAGGCAAGAAGGCCAAGCGCAAAGCGCGUGAGAAGCAGUUGGAAGAGGCGCGUCGUCUGGCUACACUGCAGAAGCGUCGCGAGCUGCGUGCUGCCGGCAUUGGCAGUGGCAAUCGGAAACGCAUCAAAGGCAUUGACUACAAUGCGGAGAUACCCUUUGAAAAGCGCCCGGCGUUGGGCUUCUACGACACAGCCGAAGAGCAUCUGCAGAAGAAGGAGCCAGACUUCAAUAAAAUGCGCCAACAGGAUCUGGAUGGUGAGCUGCGUUCCGAGAAGGAGGAGCGCGAGCGUAAGCGUGACAAGCAGAAGCUCAAGCAGCGCAAGGAGAACGAAGUGCCCACGGCAAUGCUGCAGAAUGCGGAACCGGAACGCAAGCGCUCCAAGCUAGUGCUACCCACGCCACAGAUUUCGGAUCAGGAGCUGCAGCAGGUGGUUAAGCUGGGACGCGCUAGUGAAAUGGCCAAAGAAAUCGCUGGCGAAAGUGGCAUAGAGACCACAGAUGCGCUGCUGGCGGACUACUCCAUAACGCCCCAAAUUGCUGCCACUCCGCGUACGCCAGCGCCCUACACAGAUCGCAUAAUGCAGGAGGCGCAGAAUAUGAUGGCGCUCACCCACACAGAGACGCCACUUAAGGGCGGCAUCAAUACGCCACUACAUAAUCCGGACUUUUCGGGCGUUCUACCCAAAGCGGCAGCUAUUGCUACGCCCAACACAGUGAUUGCCACGCCCUUCCGCACGCAACGCGAAGGCGGCGGUGCCACACCAUCUGGUUUCCUAACACCCGCCUCGGGAGCCUUGGUGCCCGUGGCCAAGACAGGCGCAGCUGGCAGCACUCCCGCCAAUGUGCGCGACAAGCUGAGCAUCAAUGCGGAGGAGAACAUGGGCGUCACUGAGACGCCAGCGCUGUACAAGAACUACCAGAAGCAAGUAAAGUCCACGCUACGCGAAGGUUUGUCCACGCUGCCGGCGCCAAGGAACGACUACGAGAUUGUGGUGCCGGAGCAGGAUGACAGUGAACCGAUGGAAACAGAUGCUGCACCCGCCAUCGAAGAUCAAGCCGAUGUGGAUGCACGCGUGCUGGCCGAACAGGAAGCCCAACGCAAGCGCGAACUGGCCAAGCGUUCCCAAGUCAUACAACGCAGUCUGCCGCGUCCCAUUGAAGUCAACACCAAGAUACUGCGACCACAGGCGGAGAAGCAAAAUCUCACCGAGCAGCAGCAGGCGGAGGAGCUAAUAAAGCAUGAGAUGAUUACCAUGCAGCUUUACGAUUCUGUGCGAGAUCCGGUGCCUGGUCAGUCACAGCAGAAGCUAGAGCAGCUGCAGAGCUACUUCAAGGCCAAUCCUUAUGAGGAGAUCUCUGAGCAGGAGCUAGCGGAUGCUAAGCAAAUGCUUGCUGAAGAAAUGGAAGUAGUCAGAGAGCGCAUGGCGCAUGGCGAGCUGCCGCUGGAUGUCUACGCUCAGGUGUGGCAGGAGUGCCUUGGCCAGGUGCUCUAUUUGCCAUCGCAGCAUCGCUAUACACGCGCUAAUUUGGCCAGCAAGAAGGAUCGUUUGGAGUCGGCGGAGAAACGCCUGGAGACGAAUCGACGCCACAUGGCCAAGGAGGCCAAGCGCUGUGGCAAAAUUGAAAAGAAGCUAAAGAUACUCACAGGCGGUUACCAGGCGCGAGCACUGGUGCUCAUGAAGCAGCUGCAGGAAACCUAUGCGCAAAUUGAACAGAACUCUGUGUCGCUCUCCACGUUCAAGUUCUUGAGCUUGCAGGAGGCGGUUGCAGUGCCGCGACGCCUUGAUGCGCUGCAAGAGGAUGUGCGUCGGCAGAUGGAGCGUGAGAAGGAGCUGCAGCAAAGGUAUGCAGAUCUGGCCCAGCAGCGGGACUCGCUCUACGAACAGAUUGAACUGCAUGGAGGUGAGCUUCCCUCGCUGCCGUCGCCAGCGGCGUCGUCGUCGCAACAGCCGACCACCGAGUCGACCGAAUCAGAUGAAUCCUAGAGAGACACACACACACACACACACAAAUAGAGUUAAUGCAUUAAACAUGUACUUUGCCCAAAAUAUUUAAUAUAUGCUACAAAAAA